UGGAUCAUUUUUUGCCUUGAGUUUUCUUUGUAUCAUAUCAAAAAUAUGCAGUAGAGGCACCAAAAAGCUUCCACCAGGUCCAUCACCAUGGCCAAUUAUUGGAAAUAUGCACUUGUUAGGUGCAAAACCCCAUGUAUCACUGGCCAAUCUUGCAAAAACUUAUGGUCCAGUUAUGAGUUUAAAAUUGGGUCAGUUAACAACAGUGGUCAUUUCUUCUUCAUCCAUGGCAAAACAAGUCCUUAAGAAUCAAGAUCAAACUUUUUCUGGUAGAUUUGUUCCUAAUGCUGUUCAAGUACACAACUAUUGUGAAUACUCUGUUGUAUGGAUUCCUGUUUGUCCUGAAUGGAGAAAACUUAGGAGAAUCAUGAAUACAAAUAUCUUCUCUUGCAAUAGGCUUGAUGCAAAUCAACAUCUAAGAUCUCAAAAGGUGAAAGAAUUGAUUGCUUAUUGUGAAAAAUGUAGUCAAGAAGGUAAAGUUGUUGAUAUAGGUGAAGUUGCUUUCAAGACAAAUCUCAACUUGAUUUCAAACACCCUUUUCUCUAAGGACUUGGCUGAUCCUUUCUCGGAUUCAAAGGUUGAGUUGAAGGACGUUAUCUGUAGUAUCGUGGUUGAGGUAGGGAAGCCUAACCUAGUAGAUUUUUUCCCCAUACUUGAAAAGAUUGAUCCUCAAGGCGUAAAGUGUCGUGCAACCAUUUAUUUUGGUAAGUUGUUUGGACUUUUUGAUGAUUUGAUCAAAGAGAGAUUGGAGGAAAGGAGGAGGGGAUUCAGUGAAAAGUGUGAUGUCUUGGAAACGCUUCUCAAUAGUACUGAAAAAGACCCUGAAGAGAUGAAUCAUAACCAUAUCAAGUCUAUGUUCACGCACUUAAUUACGGGGGCUACAGAUACAACUACAAGCACAUUGCAGUGGGCAAUGACAGAAAUACUUGAACAACCUGAGAUAAUGAAGAAAGCUCAAGCUGAACUUGCAGAAAUCAUUAGUAAAGGAAAAUCAAUUGAAGAAGCUGAUGUUUCUCGACUCCCUUACUUGCAAUGCAUCAUCAAAGAAACCUUAAGAAUGCAUCCACCACUUCCGUUCUUAAUUCCGCGCAGAGUGGAACAAGAUGUUGAAUUGUGUGAUUACAUCAUCCCGAAGGAUUCACAGAUUCUAGUAAAUGUUUGGGCAAUUGGUCGAGAUCUUACUUUUUGGGAGGACCCUUUAGCAUUUAAACCAGAUAGGUUUUGGAGUUCGGAUAAGGACGUGCGAGGACAAGAUUUUGAUUUGAUUCCAUUUAGUGCUGGUCGAAGAAUAUGUCCUGGCUUACCACUAGCAUUGAGAACGGUUCCAGUAAUAUUGGGCUCACUCUUAAAUUCCUUCAAUUGGAAGCUUGAGGCAGACAUUGAACCAAAAGAUUUAGACAUGGAGGAGAAGUUUGGUAUCACCUUAGCUAAAGCUCAUCCUUUGCGAGUUAUUCCAUCACUGCUUUGAUGUUUUCAAAUUAAUAAAUAUUGUUUUUUUUUUUUUUUGCAAUAUUUAUAUCGAACCAAGUAUUCUGGCCUUAGUUGUAAAAGAAUAAAGUGAUUUAAGUGUUUCUAUGCAAUAUGUUUUGUAUUGUUA